AUUUCUAAGAAUUCUUCUUCUAUUCACGAUCAUGAAACAAGCCUUGAAGUCGAUCGAGAUGGAUAAGUUUCAAGCUCAAGGUGCCAAGAAGGUUUGCAGAAGAAGUGACCACUUCGUACUAACGAUCCAAAUUCUUCUCCGAGCUGCGCUGGUUGGCAUGGCGCUUUACGGCCCCCAUUUGCUCAUUAAGCUUUGCGCCUCUAUGAAAUUACUAUUUUCAGUUUGGCUUCCGAGCCUCUGGGCGCCAAAGUUCGCGUUCGCAGUGUGCAACUUCAUCAUCGUCUUCCUCGUAAGGCAGUCAAGGCCACCCGCGCCUGACAUCUACCACGAGUACGCCGCGAUGCAAGGCCAUUGCUCGCAGCGUAUUGUGGCUGCUGAAUCAGUUAACGUGCGGAAGGAGAUGCAAUUCGUGGUAGCAGCAGAGGAUGAGCCUUUUGUCGAAGUAGAGAAGGUAGGAGAAGAGAAGGCCGAGCCUUUCGUUGAGGUAGCCGAUGUUGAAUCUUCAUCGACUAGUGUAGACGAAGUUGAUGAAAUUGUGGUGGUGAAAAAGGAAGAAGAAGAGACAUGCGAAGGGGAAGAGGAUGGAGUAGUAUCGGAGGAAGAGGAAGGUUGGACAGUUGAGGAAUUGAACAGGAGAGUGGAGGAAUUCAUUGCAAAGUUCAACAUGCAGAGCAGGAUGGAAGCCAGAAUGCUUAUUUGCUGCCAUUGAAGUGAACAAAUUUAGUUUAGCAUGUAAAAAAAAGUGUUUAAAAUUGUUCAAAAUUAGAUGCAUGUGUCAAAUAACUGGCACUUAAUUUGUUUGAUUA